GUCUGUUUGCUUCUCUGAUAACCAGGGUGACCUUGGCUAAUGCCCACUGCAGCCUCCCCCAUCGCCCCUCUGUGCCACUGCUUAAAUACGGACAAGGACAGGGCUCUGCCUCAUGAGCCCCCUUCACCACACUGGUCCUGGGACAGUGAGUGGAUGAUGCCGUCCUCUAUCUCGUGGGGCCUCCUGCUGCUGGCCAGCCUCAGCUGCCUGGCCACUGGCUGCCUGAUUGAGGAUUCUGAGGAGUCAGAUGCACCCAAGCAUGACCAGGAGAACUCAGCCUCCCACAGCACAUUGGAGAAACCCUUCAAGGCUGAUCACACCAUGGAGCAAGACUUCCAUGUGGACGAGGCCACCACCGUGAGGGUGCCCAUGAUGAACCGCCUGGGCAUGUUUGACCUGCACUACUGCCCCACGCUGUCCAGCAUGGUGCUAAAGAUGAAAUACCUGGGCAAUGUCACCGCCAUCUUCAUCAUGCCCAAGGUGGGGAGAAUGGAGUAUGUGGAGGACACCCUCACAAAGGAAUUCCUCGACAAGUUCCUGAAAAAAGAUUACAGCGGCAAAGCCACAGUUCACUUCCCCAAACUGAUCAUCUCUGGAACCAUGGAUCUGAAGUCUGUCCUGACACGUCUGGGCAUCACCAAGGUCUUCAGCCAUGAGGCUGACCUGUCUGGGAUCACGGAGGACGCUCCCCUAAGGGUCUCCCAGGCCCUGCAUAAGGCUGUGCUGACCAUCGAUGAGAGAGGCACAGAGGAUGAAGGGGACACCGUUAAGGGACCCAUGGCCCUGACUCUUGCCCCUGAGGUGAAAUUC